UGCAUGAUGGCGGUGUCCGUGACAGUGUAGCACAUUGACUACGCUUCGGGGUGCACAGUUUAUCCUCUCACUAAACCACUCUGGGGACAUUUUUCAACAGAUGACCUCAACCGGAGUCCUCGUCACAGAAUAUUUAAUGAAGUAAAUCGCAGAUCAUGGCGCUCCACAGAUUGUCCUUCAGACUACGGCAAACGGUAACACAUGUGAGGUCCGUUCACACCAGUGCAUGUGGGCAGCAGCAGGAGGCUGUGGCUGUAGAGUCAGAACCUCAGCCCUUCUCCGUUUUUAGAGCGCAGGAGAAUGAUCCGGCGUGUCAAUCAGAGAAUCAUAUCGGGCAGUAUUACACGCUGCCCUCUGCACACAUCCGUACUCUGUUCCCUCACACCCUACCAUGGCGCUAUCAACAACAGGUGAAGACGUUUAAUGAAGCCUGUAUGAUGGUGAGGCAGCCGGCUCUAGAGGUCAUCUCCUGCCUGAAGAAAGCCGACUACAGCCAACCUCCUGUGCGAUAUUUAUUCUAUGGGUUGAAGGGCAGUGGGAAGACAAUGUCUCUCUGUCACGCAGUCCACUUCUGCUACACACAGGGAUGGCUGGUGCUGCAUGUUCCUGACGCUCACCUGUGGGUGAAGAACUGUAGGGAGCUGCUGCCCUCGUCCUACAACAGCGCUCGCUUUGAUCAGCCGUUACAAGCCACUGAAUGGUUACGCAGCUUCAGAACAACCAACCAGCACCUUCUUUCGAAGAUAAAGAUAAAGCAGCGCUAUGUGUGGACUAAGAGAGAGUUCACUGAGGAGGGAAGUCUGCUCGGAGAGCUGGUGGAUCAGGGUAUAUCUCGUGUGAAGAGCAGCAGCGAUGUGGUGGGGGCGGUGAUGAAGGAGCUGAGGCUGCAGAGCGGGCAGCCGGAGUCAAUCUUCCGCUUGGCCGUGGCUGUGGAUGGUGUCAACGCCCUGUGGGGAAGAUCCACCAUCAAGAAGGAGGAUAGGAGCCAUGUGGAUCCAGAGGAGCUGACUUUGAUUUAUAACCUGAGGAAGCUGAUGACGAGCGACUGGACUGGAGGCGCCAUCAUCACCACUCUGUCUCAGACGGGGUCUCUCUACACUUCAAAAUCUCAGUACUUGCCGCAAGAGCUGCUGGGAGAGAGGGGGUUCGACAGCAUGGACCCUUUCGUCCCGGUGUCGGUGCCAUACUACAGCGAGAAGGAGUUUGAGAGCUGUUACCUCUACUAUUUGGAUCGCCAGUGGCUGCAGCAUCCACAGAGUCGAACAGAGGAAGGAAAGAAGGAACUUGUAUUUUUGAGCAACAGAAAUCCAGCAUUGUUGGACAGAAUAUGUAGCUUCCUAUGAAGAUACAGAAAGACUUGGAUCACACACACACACACACACACACAAAUAUCAGUGUCCUAAUAAUACAUAAAAAUACAAACUUACAUGUCUAUAAUAUCUGUAAAUUAUGAUGCAUGUG